AUGGAUUUCAUUCACUACAACCCAUCUGAGUACCCUCUUUUGGCAGACGAUGAAAGCACCGAUGAAACGGAUUUUAGCGACCUAGCCAUUCAGUAUGGAGAAGUCCAGAUGUUGAUCGACAUGGACAUAAUCCCUAUUCCUGAGCUUCAGUUAUCUGAAAUGGAGGAAGUGACGGAAAAUCUUGUUGAAACUUUUCAAGAAGUUACUAUCAAAACACCUGCGAAGUAUAAGAAAUACGGUCAGGAUCAAAUUGAGCGGUUCAUUCGAAUUAUCCAAGAGGAGGGACUAACAGUACCAAAAGCAGCAGAGCAAUGCGGUAUACCCCGCAGCAGUGCUUACAAACUGCUAGAUGAGUUUAAUGCUGGAGACGGUUCUGUACUUCCUGGCAAUAUUCCUAAGGCACUUAAGCGAGGGCCAAAAAAACUGUUUCCACAACAUUCAGCCUUCUUGAUUGAGUUAUUUGAUAACAGCCCUUCAAUUGUUCUUGAGGAGGCAAGACUAAAGUUGUGUGAACAUUUUAAUGGUCUUGAAAUAUCUAUUCCUGACCUGUAUAAACAUAUCCGAGAGAAGUGUUCAAUAUCGCUCACGCAAGCUACAAAAUACACUGUGGAGCGUGAUGCUCCAAGAACUCUCGAACUUCGCUUCAAUAUAGUCAAUCAAUGGAAAGCCGCAGGUGUCAGUUUUAGUGAAAAUUGCAUCUUUGUUGAUGAGGCUGGCUUCCACGCACAAUUAACGAGAAGUCGUGCUUGGUCGAAGGUAGGAGAUCCAGCAAUUGUAAAAGUUCAUACGCAGAAAGGCGUAAAUAUCAGCAUCGUUGGUUGUAUAUCUUCCUUUGGCACCGUUUGUUUUUCAAAAGUUGAACCCUUGAAGAAAUCGGAUGCAGCACUAAUUGAAAAAGAGUUUCCUGGAUCAUCUCCUUCAAAGAAAAGAAAAGCUGGGAGCAAAAGUGAAUCGAAGCCGAUCCAGCUUAAAAAAGGUACAACGGCUUACCACAUUGUCAAAUUCAUGGAAUCAGUUGUGGAAUACAUCCACUAUGAUCUGCAUUCCGACAGUUCAUCCAGUUACCAGAUUUAG